CUGCCCAUCCGUGGACACCCCAGUCCAGAUACAGACGCCUCGAUAGAUCCUCCCCCCUAUGAUGCUCAGCCCGGCCCAAUUGAUCUACAACUUCAUCACAUUGUCUCCAGAGACGCUCUUGUUGUCAAGAUUCAACCUCCCAAGGUACCGCCAAAGCCAAUCAGCCAUGUAGCUUGUGAUGUGGUGCUCGUCAUCGACAUUUCCGGCAGCAUGUGCUCGUCUGCUCCGGUGCCCGGCGAAGGCGAGGACACGGGGCUUUCAGUCUUGGAUCUGACCAAACACGCGGCCUUUACAAUCAUCGAAAGCAUGGAUGAGAGAGACCGCCUUGGCAUAGUGACAUUCGAGUCCGAGUCCAGAAUCAUUCAAGCCCUGGAGCCCAUGACGGAUGGCAACAAGGAACAGGCACGCAAAAGAAUCAGAGCCUUGAAGCCAAUGGGAUCAACCAAUCUAUGGCAUGGCAUGCUCGAUGGAAUAAAACUGUUCAAGAACGAGGAGGACAGCGCUCGGGUGCCGGCCGUCAUGGUCCUGACAGACGGCGAGCCGAACCACAUGUGCCCUGCCCAGGGCUACAUCCCAAAGAUGCGAUCCAUGGAUCCGCUGCCCGCUACGAUUCACACAUUUGGAUUCGGAUACAGCCUUCGGUCUGGACUGCUCAAGUCCAUUGCCGAGUUCAGCGGUGGCAACUAUGCUUUUAUUCCAGACGCAGGCAUGAUUGGAACCGUCUUUGUCCACGCCUUGGCCAACUUGCAGGCGACUUUUGCAACCAAGGCUUCACUGAAACUAAGAUAUCCAUCCAGCUUGGAGAUUGAGCAGAUGCUGGGUGAUUCUGUUGACAAGCAAGCAGCUGUCAGUGCCGGCAAUGGGCAGAUGCAGUUGACUAUUCCCCUGGGAAAUAUCCAGUACGGACAGUCACGCGACCUCUGGCUUCGUCUCGAGGGCAUUACACAUGAGAAGCAGAUUUCAGACUAUGCCAUUGAAGCCACUCUUACUUUUGAAGAAGCUGACAAGUCCAUCACCACCUUGAGCUCAGCCCGCCUCGGUGACAGUACAACUGGCACGGCGGCAGCUCUCUCCGCCGAUGAAGCAGUCUAUCACGAAUCCCGAGCCCUCGUCUGCAACUUCAUCUCUUCGCUAUUCCUCCUUGGAUCGGAUGGAGAAUACCGGGCAUUCACUGAAUCGGCCAAAAUAGCAGAGAAGCGACUAGAGCUGGCACAACUUAUCGCGACUCUACCCAGCCGACAUCUCACCGACGGACUGAAUAAGUCGCUCAUGGAGGAUCUCAGCGGCGACCUGCCCAGAGGGCAAAUCAGCCUCGCCAUCUCCACGCCAGAGUUCUUCGUCAAAUGGGGCCGCCAUUUCCUCCCAUCCUACGUCAACGCUCUAACUCGACAAAUCUGCAACUCGUUCAAGGACUCGGCGCCCCUUCAGUUCGGCUCUCAGAGCCCCCUAUUCACAGCCUGCCGCGAUCGUCUAGACAAUGCCUUUGACAGCAUCCCCGCGCCACCGCCGUCCAGAGCCGUUCUACGCCACAACGGAGGUCGCCAAGCUCGAUCCUUGACCGCCGCGCCCUCGUCCAUGGCUCGAUACCGCAACGCCUCCGGAGUGUGCUUCGCCGGCUCGACCCUCGUGGAACUCGCAUCCGGCCGAAUCACAGAGAUGCGGAAGCUAAAACGCGGCUCUCGAGUCCGCACGCCUCUUGGUCCUCGAAAGGUGCACCUGGUUCUCAAGACGAAAGUAUCAAGCGAGACGCUCUACCGGGUUGGCUCGCUGCUCGUCACGCCCUGGCAUCCCCUUUCCAUGGACGGCAAGAGCUGGGAUUUCCCGGCCAACAUGUUUGAUGCGCCGGUGCUGUAUACGGGCUUCAUCUACUCGAUUCUGUUACAACCUGACGGGAGACCGGAUGCGCACGCGAUUCGCGUUGGUGGUGUUGCCUGGGGCGUUACGCUGGGUCAUGGCAUCACCCGAGGAAUGGACACUCGGGCUCAUGAGUUCUUUGGCGAUUAC